UUCAGUUGCUUUCGAAUUGUCCGCCAAAUUGGACGCUCCACGUGUCCGUAAUUUUCGAUCCACCCACGGGAGCAGGCGAAACAACAACAAGCCCACAGAAACUGUCCGAAAAGAGCAGCCACCAAGAUAGCUAGUGCCAUUCGCUAACGUUGCCGUUCCUGCCGAAAAGAUCCUCGCAAAAAGUGCUGAAAAGUGAAGAGAAGUGCUGACGAAGGGGAAAACCCUGUAGCGAACUCUUAAUUGUCUGGAGGAGGAUCAGAACUGCCACCCAAAUGGGGCAGAGCAGCAAGUCCGGAAGUGCCGGAGGAGGCGGAGGAGGCGUGGUCUGCCCCUCUACGGCGAUCAGUGGCUGUGCCUCCGGAACAGCGCUCAUCCAGCUGGACGCCACUGGGCCAGGAUCCGGCGGAGCUGUGGAGUCCGAGCACGAACGUGGCACCUGGACGGGUCGCUUUGACUUUCUGCUCUCGCUGCUCGGAUACUCAGUGGGCCUGGGCAACGUGUGGCGGUUUCCCUACCUGUGCUACAACAACGGAGGAGGAGCCUUCCUCAUCCCCUUCACCAUAAUGCUGGUCAUCGCCGGACUGCCGCUGAUGUUCAUGGAGCUCUCAUUUGGCCAGUACGCCGCCCUGGGUCCCGUGGCCGUCUACCGCCGGUUCUGCCCGCUCUUCAGGGGACUGGGAACCGGCAUGAUCCUGGUGUCCGCCAUAGUGAUGCUCUACUACAACCUGAUCAUCGCCUGGACCAUCUUCUACAUGUUCGCCUCGUUUGCGCCGGUGCUUCCGUGGCAGAAUUGCGAGCCCGCCUGGAGCACAAAGUAUUGCUUCUCGUACGCACAGGCGGACCAGUGCGAGGCCACCAAUGGCACCUACUACCUCCGCACCUGCCACAACGCCACCUCCGCGGCGGAGAACAACAUCACCGCCCUGGCGCUCGGCGCCCUGAAGCGUCCACCAGCCGAGGAGUACUUCAACAACUUUGUGCUCGGUCUGUCCAAGGGCAUCGAGGAGACGGGCAGCAUUAAGCUGUCACUGGCCGCCUGCCUUUUCCUGGCGUGGACGAUAGUGUUCCUGUGCCUGUGCAAGGGCGUCCAGUCCUCCGGCAAGGUGGUCUACUUCACGGCCCUCUUCCCCUACGUCGUCCUGGUGAUACUCUUCGUCCGGGGAGUCACGCUGCCGGGCGCGAGCACGGGCAUUCUCUUCUACCUGACGCCCGACUGGAAGCAGCUGGCCAACGCCCAGGUCUGGGGCGAUGCGGCGGUACAGAUAUUCUUCGCACUGAGCCCGGCCUGGGGCGGAUUAAUCACGCUCUCGUCUUACAACAAGUUCUCCAACAACUGCUACAAGGACUCGCUGAUCGUGGCCUUCUGCAACAUAGCCACCUCCUUCUUCGCCGGCCUGGUGAUCUUCUCCAUCAUUGGCUUCCUGGCCCACGAGCUGAACGUCGAUGUGGAGAAGGUGGUGGACCAAGGCGCUGGUCUGGCCUUCAUUGUCUAUCCGGAGGUGGUCACCCGGCUGCCCGUCUCGCCCGUUUGGGCCGUUCUGUUCUUCGUGAUGCUGCUGACCCUGGGACUGGACUCCCAGUUCGCUCUGAUGGAGACGGUGACGACGGCGAUUCUAGACAGGUUCCCCAACCUGAGGCAGUACAAGAUCUGGGUGGUCCUAUCGGUGGCUAUUUUCGGCUACAUCGGCGGUCUGGGCUUCACCACCAAUAGCGGCAUGUACUGGCUGCAGCUGAUGGACAAAUACGCUGCCAACUGGUCCGUGCUGCUGAUUGCCAUCUCGGAGUGCAUCCUAAUUGCCUGGAUCUAUGGAUCCCAGCGGUUCCUCAACGACAUCCAGGGCAUGAUUGGCAAGCGAUCCUGGUUCUGGAACUUCUUCUGGGGCAUCAUGUGGCGCUACAUCACGCCAGCCACUCUCUUGUUCAUUUUGUUCUUCAACUGGGUGGAGUACAAGCCCGCCAAGUAUGGCCACUAUGUCUACCCCAUGUGGGCGGAUGCAGUGGGCUGGAUCGUGGGACUGCUGCCCGUGCUGGUCAUCUUCCUGGUGGCCUUCCAGGAGAUCUGGCGGGCGCCCAAGAGCCUCAGCUUCAGGGACCGCAUCAAGCACCUGCUGCAGCCCACCGCCGAGUGGGGACCAGCGGGCAGACCCUGCGUCAACCUGCACGCCGAGCGGUACCAGAGCCAGAACUACGACGGCGUGACCAACACCAAGAUCCUAAUCGAGGAGGAGGCCUCGCCCAAGCAGGCGGCGAACAAGAAGGACAGGCAACUAACUCUGGAUGUGGACGUGGAUGUCGAGUGCCUGCCCCUGGCGACUGUGGGCAAGCGGCCAGGUGCUCCGAAAUCCGUGGGCAAGCAGGGCAGCAGCGGCAACCUGCAGACGAAUGCCAAGAACGGCACCCACAAGUCGCCAACCACCGAGAUCAGCCCCAGCAAGCAGCCCCUUAUUCCCGCCGAAAAGGACAACAAGUCGGCGAGCACAAAGGUCCUGGCCGCCGGAACGCAGAGCAGCGGACGUGAGUGCACCACCAUGUCCACAUUCGCGGGCGGCGGGGAGAAGAAGUCAACCAAAGUCAAUUUGGCCACAGGAGCCACAAGUGCUGCAGCUCCGCUGGCCAGCAGCAACAUCACGACAGCAGCAACUGUCGCUGCUGCCACCAAAUCACCGCCUGCAGCUGGUGUUGCACCCACCACUUUAGUGGGUGUGGCUGCCACAGGAACAACAGUUGCUGCUGCGGCAAAUGGCAAAGCCACACUUAAAACGACAAUAUCAUCGGGUGCUGCUGCAGCUCCUACUGCUGGUGGCAACAAAGCAGCCAGUGUUGCAGCUGCAACAGCAACAGUCGCCACUGGCAAAACGCCUGCAGCGGCAAUGGCUUUGAAUGUGGCUGCCUCGGUUAAAGUGUCGCAAACGGAUAAAACAGCUCCACUUAAGACCACAAUAUCGGCCAGUGUUGCUGCUGCUCCAGGCGGCACAAAAGCAUCAACAGCACCUGGUGUUGCAACUGCAACAGUGGUCACUGUCUCGUCGGGAGCAACAGUGCCUGCUGCAGCCUCAAAAGCAGCCGCUCCACUCAAAGCUACGGCACCACCACCAUCGGCUGCGGUUAGUGCAACACAGGCCGCAAAGAACACACCAGUUGCCGCUCCACUUACCGCGGCACUUGUUGCUGCAGCGCCGCCAGCCAAGUCCACAUCAGCAUCGGUGGCGAAGACAAAUACAAACGCUGGCAGCAAGGCAACGGCCGCAUUAUCCACUUUCAAGUCGGAUGCUCCAGCUGCAGCUGCCAGUGUUGGGGUGACGAACGGAAAGGUCACGCCGAGUGGAGGAGCCACAUCAACUGCACAGCCAGCAGUUAACCAAAAAGCGACAGCAGCAGCAGCAGCACAAAAGUCGCAAGUGGCUACUGCAACCCCAACGCCUACGAAAACUGCCUUGAAUCAGAAGCCGAUUGCCCCUUCAGCGGGAAGUGGCAAGGCGGCUACAUCGGGCGAUGUGCUCAGCAGCCGGAGCACGGAUACUCCACCGCCUGCAAAGGGUGCCGCCAGCAGCAACAUGUCGGCCAAGUCCGCGAAAGCCGGCAGGACACAGGCGAACGAAACCAGCCCCACGAAGUCGGCAGUGAAGCCCAUCAAGGCCGGCUCCACCAGCCCCACAAAAGCUGUGGUGGCCAAGCCAGGAGCAACUGCAGGCAAGGGUGCAGUGGCAUCUGCUGCAACAGCGACUGCAGCGGGCAGCAGCAGCAGCAGCAAGAAGGCGGCCACGUCGACAGCUGCAACAUUGGGCAGCCAGGCCAAGACGAAAGGCAAUGCAUCCGGAGCAGGCACUAAGAAGUAAUAGCCAGAGCGUACCAGGUAGGAUCUGUUGGCCGAGGCCUAGGAAAAGGAAAGGAGUCGAACGCAUACGUUGUUGUUCCCAAUAUCGAAAACUAUUUUUAUAAGUAUAUAUAUAUAAACGUGUAUGUGUGUAUCUACGAGCUAAGCAACCUACUUAACUGUACAUGUAAAGAGUUUAACUAGGCGAUUAUGCAAGCGGACACAAGCUACAGUCGAAUAUUUUAUAGACACCUCAUCCGGAUGGGCAGAGCGCGACGAGGGAGGAUCGAACCUUCAUGUUUCCUAUGCGAAAGUACCUAUUUAUCAGUCAUCACGAUGGGAUAGCUGUUCCUUAGUACCUAAUUUCAGAUCGAUGGUGGCGGCAAGACUCGAUUGUAAUAACCGAACCGAACAAGUUAACGUAGGCUUUAGGUCAGGAGUCCUGGUGUAUGUUUGUUUAGUUCCGUGUGUAUAUCCCUGGACGCCCCCCGUUGGGCGCCAACUAAUUCGAGAGCAAUGUUGAAAGUGCAAUGGAAAUCGUUGAGUUUUAAAAUAUAUAAAUUUAUAUACAAAUAUACAAAGGUUACAACUAAUCAAUUUACACAAGUGAGAGAUCGUUUGAUUGGUUUUUUACUGCGAAUAUUCUUAAGACUACUUUGGAGGGCGGAACUUGGGCGGGCGGAGGUAUUUUUCCGUUUCAAAAGUGCGCGCAUUUGUUUAUAGAGCAGAAUACAUCACCCGGAAGGCGAGAUCCCUAAUCUGUAAAUGUGAAUGUAAAUGUAAAUGUAGAUUAUCUGUGUGCUCACUGUACUCCAUGUUUUCUGUGCUAACGAGAGACUCAUGUACCUAAAUGUUAAUCAAGUUGCAUCAAAUCCCUAUUUGUGUGCAUUUGUAUAGUUAAGGCGAAUAUUUAGAAGUGUUUUAUGUGCGUGGAGUAGGCGGGAACUAGGCCAAAUGCGGAAAAUGCUCACAGAAAACGGAAAAACAAUAAUUACGCGUACAUUUCUAGAAUUUAUAUAACCAUUGUUGUGUAUUCAUGUUGAAAUAAUUAUAUAAAUAUAUUAAAAUAUACAAGAAUAGAACAAAUAUAAUACUCGUAGAUAUUUGUAUGUGUUUGUACCUGUAGCUAGUUGGGAUAUCUAAGCACCAGAUACUCAGAACGAUCCAAUCUGAAGAAAGUGUGCUUUGCUUCUCGCCCUAUUUUGAUAUUACAUUAUUGCAAGUUUAGAGGCAUUCGCUCGAUUGAGAACCCAACUUUAUUCAGUCCCUGAAAAUGUGUGAUAAAUUAUUUGCUCCGGCUCGAAGUAAUUUUCAAUUUGUGUCAAACAUACUUAGGCGUAAGGAAAACAUUGGAAACAGGAAUAUAUAAUUAAACGCGAAUUGAAAUUGUUGUAACUUGAGUUCGUUGUUGUUGUUUGUUUAGCGCAGUAGCUGUGACACCUGCCUACAUACAUAUGUACCUAGAUACCCUAGAAACUAAAUUCGUAUAAAGUCAUAUAACCGCAUAUUUGCACGCAGCAAGUUAGUCGCCUGGAAUUUUAGUAUUAUUUAAAACAAUCAAUUCAUUUAUGCAAGUUUCUCUGUUUCAAGGCGACUAAUUUGCCGAGUGAACUUAUGUGGCGUAUGGAAAUAAGCCAUCGAUGUUGCAUGUUUGUUAGUUGAACUGGAUGUGUACCUGUAAAAUGAAAACCGAAACGUAGUCUAAGCGGAAUUAUCAAGUAAAUAUGUAUAUGUAGUUAAGAAAUUAUGUACCGGCUGUUCGAAAGAUAUAACGAUAAUUAUGUAUUAGCACAUGUAAUGCCGCAAUUUGCUCAAACUUAACUUAGGUCGCAAGUGAAUACACAGAAACACAAACUGUCAAUUCAGACAAGGUAUUUAUAGUUUUAAAGUAAAACAAAUUACCCAAUCGGCACAUGACGUAGUGAAGUAAGCGGAGUUUACUUUAAACAUUGAACAGAGGAGCUUCAAAUUUUAUAUGAAACUUUGAGAUGUCAACGGAUUAAGUAAUCAUGUUUAAAAAUAAAACCCGAAGAGCUAGGCAAGUAAUCAAAUUGCAACUCAUAUCCCUGAAAACCGAAUGCAACCGAAAUAAGACCCAUCAACCGGAAAACCCACCAGUUACAUACAUGAUCAACAAUAAUAAUAUUCGAUGUAUGCAUUUUAAGCGAUUACAUAGUUAAGAGUAGAUAAACUCAGAAGAAUAAAGAGGCAUUCACAUUAUUUUUCAAAAGUUCUGUUAUUCAAAAUCAAAAGCGAGCAGAGUUAUGUAAUCAGAAAUGUUAUGUUGAGGCGGAAUUGAAUCCUGCACAGAAAAUCAAAAGUAACAGCCUGCGCCGAUUCGAAAAAACACAAUCCGUGGGCUAACUACACACACACAAUAUCUUACUAAAAUAGAUGUAUAACAUUUUGCUGUUCUGGUAAUCAAAAAAAUAUAUGUUAUAUCAAAUUAAAAGUGUAAGCAAAUAUGACACGUACGAGUAUUCCACAGAUGCCAAUAACUAAACGAGUAAUCAUAACAAGUAUGGUAAAAUGUAACAUUAAGCCAGGAAAACAAUAUUCAUGAAUAAAUAUUUAUGGGUUUUAACAGUC